AUGGGUUUAAGUGAAGCUGAUGUUGCAAAACAGAUUCAACAGAUGAUUUCAUUUAUUAAUCAAGAAGCAAGUGAAAAAGUCGAAGAAAUCGAAGCAAAAGCUGAAGAAGAAUUCAAUAUUGAAAAAUCUCGUCUUGUUACGCAACAACGUGUUAAAAUAAUGGAAUAUUAUGAUAAAAAAGAAAAACAAAUUGAAUUACAAAAAAAAAUUCAACAUUCGAAUUUAUUAAAUCAAUCGCGUCUAUCCAUAUUAAAAGCUCGUGAUGAUUAUAUUCAACAGUUAAAAGAAGAAGCGCGAAAAGAAUUGGGAUUAUUAGCACAAGAUAAAGAAAAAUAUUCAGGAAUAUUAACGAAUUUAAUUGCACAAGGUAUUUUUUUAUUAAUGGAGUCAGAUGUACAGAUCAAGUGUAGAAAACAAGAUCUCGAAGUUAUUAAGAAUCUUCUUCCCGAUGUUACUCAAAAGUACAAACAAGAGUUCAAUAAUCGAGAAAUUAAAUGUGUGAUAGAUGAGAAAAACUUUUUAAAUGAAGAUUUAGCUGGCGGUAUUGAAUUGUAUGCACAAUCAGGUAAAAUAAAAGUGGCAAAUACAAUUGAAGCGCGUUUAAAUAUGAUAUUUCAGCAAAUAUUACCGGAAAUACGUCAAAAGCUAUUUGGUAUAAAUGAAAAUAGAAAAUAUUAUGAUUAA